AUGGAUCAAACAUCCGUUAAUUUAACAAAAGCUGAUAUUCAAAUUGAUUAUACAACACCAACUGAACGCUUUUCACUCGAAGAUGAUGAAGCAUUGAAGAAAGGCUUGACAUAUUUGAAUGAAAACGGUUAUGUCGUGAUCAGCGAUGUCAUGAAUCAGGAUGAGAUUAAUGAAAGCAAGAACUUGCUGUGGAAAUAUCUGGCAGAUUUUUCAAACGGUACCAUUCAACGCGAUCAACCUGAAACAUGGUCAAGUAACUGGCCCAGUUUUGGUACUCAUGGUGUCAUUAGCGGAGAUGGCAUCGGUCAAUCUGAUUUUAUGUGGAAUAUUCGAUCGAAUCCACAAGUUAAAAAAUUCUAUGCUCGUUUAUGGAAUACUCAGCAGUUAUUGGUUUCCUUCGAUGGAUGUGGAAUAUUUCGUGAUUGGCGCUACAAUCCAAUAUGGAAAACAAAUGGUGGUUGGAAUCAUGUUGAUCAAAAUCCAAAGAAUAAACCGAAUCGCUGUUGCAUUCAAGGUUUUGUUUCGCAUACGAAUCAAAACGAAAAAACAGGUGGUCUUAUCGUUUUUCCACCAUCACAUUUGCGAUUCACUGAAUUAUGUGACAUAAUGAAAGAUUCGCGUGAUUAUGUCAAGGUUCCUAGCGAUCAUCCUAUUAUAAAUCAAGGUAAAACACUAGGAAAAUUGGUUCAUUGUCAGGUAGGUGACCUGGUUCUUUGGGACAGUCGAACAAUUCAUUGUAAUUCACCGGCUACUGCAAUCGGUGAACUACAAAAAGAUGAGCCGGUUGAUCUCUUACGUAUUGUGGCUUAUGUUUCGAUGAGUCCACCUUCAUUCAUACACGGUCAAACACUCGAUGAAUUUCGUGAAAAACGAAAACAAAUGGUGAAAAAUAAUUGUACUACAAAUCAUUGGAGUACAGAACUUGUUGAAGGAGGAGGUGCUAGAACUGAUCUACCAAAAGUGUCAUUGGAAAAAUUUAACGCCUAUCAGAAGGCUCUUAUCUUCGGAACCGAUGUUGUUCACAAUGAAUGA